CUACUUAUUUGUUAAUUUACAGUAAGCUUCUGUUUCAAUUAAUUGGUCACAUAUGUGUGUUUUCUCUUUAAGGACUCACAUUAGCUAGGAAAGACAAAGCUCAUAAUUUCUUCUCUGCCUGAAUUGUGCUUAUCAGUUUCCCCACUGGUGUUUUACAUUGGUUUAAAUGUUUUUCUCAUGUUUCUGCUUUUGUUUUGCAUGCCAUCAUUAAAACCUAAUGGAAAACUGAAAUCUUUGUUUUCAUUAAAAAAGAGAAUUGUGUACUUCUAUCUUACUAUCGAGAAGAGCGUUAGCUGAAUGUUUCUAGGGUAUUAUAUCUGAAGCAUUUGAAUUACAAUCCUUCCUACAUAUGCACUAAAGUUCAUUAUAAAGAUUAUUCUGGUUUUGUGAGACUUGUUGAGGUUGUGCAAUAAGAGCAGUUUUAGAAGGUUAGAUGAAUGAAGGAGACAUUCUUUGAAGGUUUAGGGCCAGAGUACCUAGUCCAAGGUCGCAAAGUCAUAAACCUACUUAAGCCGGAAUGCUACAAAGUGGUCUCAUUAAUUGCCCAUUUCUUAGCCCAGUGUUUAAAAUUAAAAAUGUCUGCAGGAAAAAUUGUUAAAUUUAUUUCUUAGGGACUUGACAAAGUUUUAACUUGGAUGUGCCAACUGCAACUCCCCGACCACCCAAGGUCAUUCUGGAAGGAAUGAUGUAGACUGGGAAAUGACUCUUAAGACUUAAGCUAAACGGGAAGCCCAAGAGGCUACGAAUGCCAUGACCAUUUUGCCCGCACGAUCCAGCUUUGCCCCUGCGCUGCGGGGCAGAGGAUACUUCGAGAGGACUGCAGGGCUCUCUGUCGCAGAUCGGUACCUGUAUCUUGCUCGGAGCCCAGCCCCUUGCACCUCCACCUCCAAAGGACACUAGGGUGUUCAAAAGAGCCCAGUCUGAGGCUCUGUUCGUUCAGCGUCCCGGGCACUUCUCUCCUCCGGACUCUGCCAGCGCCGCCCUCUGCUGACCAGCUAAGGAAGGCUUGGGGACUGCCCGCGGGAGUGAGGGUCAGGUCGGUGGGCUGGCUACCAGCUGACAGCGAAGGCAGCCGAGGCGGUCCACAUCGGAAUCCCGCCUGUUCCGGGCCAACUAGGACAUUUAAAAAUCAGGCGGUGGCGAAGGAAAGCUGGGGGACUGCAAGGAGGACCGACUGCCGGCCCAAAUCCCUGCGGUCAGGGGUAGAGGCCCAGGUUCUGGUGGCCGGUCACUGCCCCUGCCCCUAACUCUACGUGAGACGUACAUGUAAGGGCAGUGGGACAGGGAGGUCCAAGUAACACUUAUGGAGAGCAGCGGCGUGGGCAGCAGCGCUUCCCCUGCUGGGGGUCCUUCGCCCGCAAUAGAGCAGCCUCAGCAAAACCAGCAGCAACAGUCCCAGCAGCCCCACCCCGGGGGAGAUGCCGCGGAAGUGGCGGGAAGCGCUCUGGACGGGGCCCCCGAGGGUGGGGAGGGCUGUGGUGGGUGCCAGGCAGGAGGCCGCCAGCGCUCCCUGAGGGCAGUGUAUGUGCUGAACGACAGUCCCAAGGGCGGGGCGGGGGGCAGCCCCGAAGUUGGGGCGCUGCAAUGCCUCCAGAGGGCAUGUGAGGCAGAGGGCGCCCACCUCGCCACGGUCAACUUCGGGGAGCUGGACUUCGGGGAGACUGCGGUGCUGGAUACCUUCUACGACGCAGAUGUUGCUGUAGUAGAUAUGAGUGAUAUUUCCAGACAGCCCUCCCUCUUCUAUCACCUUGGUGUGCGGGAAAGCUUUGACAUGGCCAAUAAUGUCAUACUCUACCAUGAUAUUGAUGCAGAUACUGCUCUCUCACUUAAGGAUAUGGUUACUCAAAAAAACACAGCAUCUAGUGGGAAUUAUUAUUUCAUCCCAUACAUUGUAACACCAUGUGCUGAUUACUUUUGCUGUAAAAGUGAUGCCCAACGGAGAGCCUCAGAAUAUAUGCAGCCCAACUGGGACAACCUUCUGGGACCACUGUGUGUUCCCUUGAUGGACAGGUUUAUCAGUCUUCUCAAAGACAUCCAUGUUACCUCUUGUGCUUAUUUCAAGGAAACCUUGUUAAAUGACAUUCGGAAAGCCAGAGAAAAAUAUCAGGGUGAUGAAUUGGCAAAGGAACUAGCCAGAAUUAAACUCCGUAUGGAUAAUACUGAAGUCUUGACAUCAGACAUUGUCAUUAAUCUGCUGUUAUCAUACCGUGAUAUCCAGGACUAUGAUGCUAUGGUAAAACUGGUGGAAACACUGGAGAUGCUGCCUACAUGUGAUUUAGCUGAUCAGCAUAAUAUCAAGUUCCACUAUGCCUUUGCACUAAACAGGAGAAAUCAUGCCGGUGACCGAGGGAAGGCACUACAAGUGAUGCUUCAAGUUCUUCAAACAUGUGAUCAUCCUGCUCCAGAUAUGUUCUGCCUUUGUGGGAGAAUUUAUAAGGACAUAUUCCUUGAUUCAGACUGCAAGGAUCUGGAAAGCAGGGAUUCUGCCAUUGAAUGGUACCGAAAAGGGUUUGAACUCCAAUCAUCUCUUUACUCUGGAAUUAAUCUGGCUGUUUUGCUGAUAGUUGCUGGACAACAAUUUGAAACUUCUAUGGAAUUGAGAAAAAUAGGUGUUCGGCUGAAUAGUUUGCUGGGAAGAAAAGGAAGCUUGGAAAAAAUGAACAAUUACUGGGAUGUUGGUCAGUUCUUCAAUGUGAGCAUGUUGGCCAAUGACAUAGGGAAAGCCGUACAAGCGGCUGAGAGACUAUUUAAACUCAAGCCUCCCAUCUGGUAUCUGCGGUCAUUAGUUCAGAACCUGCAACUAAUUCAGCACUUUAAGAAACUCACCAUUGAACACUCUCAUAGACAGGAGCUGCUUAACUUCUGGCUGGAUAUAAUUUUUGAGGCAACAAAGGAAAUUACGAAUGGCCUGAGAUUUCCAGUUCUAGUGAUUGAACCAACCAAAGUCUACCAGCCUUCUUAUGUUUCCAUAAACAAGGAAGCAGACGAGAGAACUGUCUCAUUAUGGCAUGUUUCACCAACAGAAAUGAAGCAAAUUCAUGAAUGGAAUUUUACAGCCUCCUCCAUUAGGGGAAUAAGCAUAUCCAAGUUUGAUGAACGGUGUUGUUUUCUCUAUGUCCACGAUAACUCUGAUGACUUUCAAAUUUACUUUUCUACUGAAGAUCAGUGCAGUAGGUUUUGCUCUUUAGUGAAAGAGAUUAUAACAGAUGUGGUGGGCUCUACAGUGGAAUUAGAAGGGGAGAUUGAUGGGGAUACAUUAGAGUAUGAAUAUGAUUAUGAUGAAAAUGGUGAAAAAGUGGUCCUGGGGAAAGGCACAUAUGGAAUUGUAUAUGCUGGGAGAGAUCUUAGCAACCAAGUUCGAAUAGCUAUCAAAGAGAUACCUGAGAGAGACAGCAGGUACUCUCAGCCUUUACAUGAAGAAAUAGCUCUGCACAAAUAUUUGAAACAUCGCAACAUUGUCCAGUAUCUUGGCUCCGUUUCAGAAGAUGGUUACAUUAAAAUUUUUAUGGAGCAGGUGCCUGGAGGAAGCCUUUCUGCCCUUCUGAGAUCAAAAUGGGGCCCAAUGAAAGAACCAACCAUAAAAUUUUAUACCAAGCAGAUAUUGGAGGGUCUUAAAUAUCUCCAUGAAAACCAAAUAGUUCAUAGAGAUAUAAAGGGUGAUAAUGUUUUAGUAAAUACUUAUAGUGGAGUGGUGAAGAUUUCUGACUUUGGGACCUCCAAACGACUUGCAGGAGUGAAUAUGUGCAUGGAGACCUUCACAGGCACUCUACAAUAUAUGGCACCUGAGAUCAUUGAUAAAGGUCCUCGAGGAUAUGGUGCCCCUGCUGACAUCUGGUCCCUGGGCUGUACCAUCAUUGAAAUGGCAACAGGAAAACCUCCAUUUCAUGAGCUUGGGGAACCUCAAGCAGCUAUGUUUAAAGUGGGCAUGUUCAAAAUACACCCAGAGAUUCCAGAAUCACUGUCAGCAGAAGCCAGAGCUUUCAUUUUAUUCUGCUUUGAACCUGACCCAAACAGACGAGUUACAGCCUCUGACCUGCUCAAGGACACGUUCUUGAAGCAGGUGAACAAGGGCAAGAAAAAUCGAAUUGCUUUCAAACCUUCAGAUUAUACUAGGAGUGUAUCACUUCCUCUCCCUGUCCAAGGAGAACAAACUGGGGGCAGCAGCAGCAGUGAGCAUGGCUCCAUCUCCCCUGACUCGGAUGUGCAACAUGCCUUCUUUGAGAAGACAAAGCGAUCGGUGUCAGAAAUGCAAGCUAAGCAGCACCUCUCCCAGUUAUUAAGCGUUCCUGAUGAGAAUUCUAUCUCUGAAGAUCGGAGCACAUCCCCCUCCCUCGAGGACAGAGACUCUGGGCUCUUCCUACUGAGGAAGGAUAGUGAACGUCGGGCCAUUCUAUACAAAAUCCUCAGAGAGGAACAAGAUAAAGUGGCCUCAAACCUACAGGAAUGUGUGGCCCAGAAUUCCGAAGAGUUACACCUCUCAGUUGCUCACAUCAAGCAGAUAAUUGGAAUUUUGAGAGACUUCAUCCGCUCCCCCGAACACAGAGUGAUGGCAUCUACUAUCUCUAAGCUAAAAGUGGAUCUAGACUUUGACAGCACUUCUAUCAAUCAGAUUCAUUUGGUACUAUUUGGAUUUCAGGAUGCUGUGAGUAAAAUCUUGAGGCAUCAUUUAAUCAGGCCCCACUGGAUGUUUGCAAUGGAUAACAUCAUACGUCGAGCAGUGCAGGCUGCUGUUACUAUUCUCAUUCCAGAGCUUCGAGCACACUUUGAGCCAGCCUCUGAAAUAGAAGGAGUAGAUAAGGAUGCAGAGGAAGUAGAAGAGGAUUACCAGCCAGGAGAUCCAAAUGGAAAUGAUGAACCCAAUGUUGCUUCUGGAGUGAGCAGGGCUGGAUCUGUAUUAACACUGGAAUCUCAACAUCAUCACAAACUUAACCUCCAGCUGAGCAAACUUAGACAAGAAACCAAUAGGCUUCUGGAACACUUAGUUCAAAAAGAGAAAGAAUACCAGAAUUUUCUACGGCAGGCUCUUGAACAGAAAACUCAAGAACUGUAUCUUCUUCAGUUACGGUCCAAAUCUUCUGAUAAUCUGGUCACUCCAACACGACCUCUUGAAUCACAGGUACACAAGGCAGACAGUGAACUCACAGACUGGUUGAAAUUACAAGGAGCAGAUGCUAAUACAAUUGAAAAGAUUGUUGAAGAGGGUUACACGCUUUAUGACAUUCUUAAUGAUAUCACUAAAGAAGACCUUCGAUAUCUUGGACUUCGUGGUGGUCUUCUCUGCAGAAUCUGGAACACGGUCUCAAAGCACAGACAACAGGCUUGUGAACCCUCACAAAUCAAACAUCAGAUUUAA